CGGGAAUCUCAGAAACCACAACCGAAAUGCCCACUCGACCAACAAUCUCCAUCUUCCCUGCAUCCCCAGAAGAUGCGCCCUCACUAACUCGCGUCCACGGCGAUGCAUUCCGAGACUGCAUACUCAACGACCUCAUGUUUGGUCCUCCGACAGAGGAGAACCUGAAGGGGUUCGCAGACGAGCUGGCGGAACUCAUCACCGGCGAUAUAACGGCAAGAUUCGUGAAAGCCGUCGACAACGACACGAAUAAGAUUGUAGGCUGGAGCUGGUGGAAUUUGUAUCCUGAUCGCGAGUUGCGAUCGGGAGGCUCGCAAGCUCUCUCAGAGGAGCUUGGUGCCCCGCCUGAGUCUGCUAUCAGUCCUGAGGCGCAUAAGGAGUAUUUCCAGGGGGCGGCCGCGAGACAGGAGAAAUGGAUUGGUGGGCGGCCUUUUGCUUUUCUAAGAGUCCUUGUCGUUCUCCCAGAGUACCAGAGGAAGGGGAUUGGUGCGAAUCUUAUCGCAAGGGGGCUGGAAGAGGCUACAACUUGUAACCUGCCGGUCUGGUUGGAAUCUUCAGAAGUGGGCUAUGAUUUAUACAAGAAGCUGGGCUUCAAGGAUCUCAACGAUAGCAUUGUUAUUGACUUGGCCAAGUACGGAGCGUCGGGUAUAUCGACUACGGCGUGUAUGUGGUUGGAGACUGGGAACCAUUGAACAGAAGCUGCAUUGGUGUAUCUGGUAUGGUGGUGAAUCAUUUUGAAUCAUUUUAAAGCCGAGUUAUAGGCAGCGUAAGCCGUCAUCCUCUUUGUAUCAAAUUUCGUGGCUAUGUCAAACUAUAUACAGCUAUGGGAAGAAUAGCAGUUGUGGUAUAAGAAGCUGAGAGC